ACUCUUCUUUAAAAAGUCAAAGUAAAAAACAGAAAAUUCCAAAAUCGACGAAGUAAUUUAUUUGUAAUCGAACGAAAUCCAAUUUUCCACACAGUUGCUUCCUCCCUUGAAACUGAAACUGAUUGUCUUUUGUCUAACUUUUCACAAAUUGAAUUAGUGCUCUCAAGGCAAACAUUUUCAAUCUCAAAUUAUGGACAAAAAAGACAUUGAAGAUCUUCAAAGCUCUGAUGUUGAUAAAAUCAAAAGUAUUCUCGAAACAUUCAAUACAAAAUAUGCAACUUUAUUCGAUUUCACUGAGUUCAACAUAAGUGGCCAAUGGACAACUAUUUGGAAUGCAUUUUUCGAGAACCUCCGGGAUCCUAAGAAGUCGGAGAUAUAUCCUCAAUUACUGAACAGUGUUCGGAUCCUAACUCGCGACGAACAAUGCAUAAAAGUCAACAACAUUCAAGCGGACUUCAACUGCCUGCUGGAUUUAGCCGAUUUGGGACCAGAAAAACUAACCAACGCCUGUACACACAGCACGGAGACGAGCAUCGAAGCACUCAAGUGCUUGUGCAACAUUGUGUUCCUCAGUUCAGAUUGUCGCAAAUUAUGCAUUAAAAAUUCGGCUACGGAGAGAAUUUUGAAACGCGUCAGCAGCCCAACUAGUCAUCCAUAUGAGAUUGAAUUCUUCGAUAUGAAAUUGAUAUUUCUUAUAACUGCCUUGGAACCGAUAACGCGCACCAAAGUCCAAAUCGAUUUAAACGGAAUUUUCUUCCUCACCGAAUGGCUGGACAUGAAGGCGUCAUUGGAGGAAAAAACGGAUCAACAAAUCGACUUGAUUUGUGAAAUACUUAAGGUCAUGUUUAAUAUUACUUCAAAUCCAGAUAGAAGUCCAAAUGAGAAUGAAAUACAAAACAGACGACUCACGGCCGUGAUUCGAGGGUUGCUCUACGAAUUUGGAGGCAUGGAAACCGAAAAACAUCGAAAUGUCAUAUCGAAUAGUGUUAAUUUACUCACUAACAUUUGUACGAGUUGCUUGUACGAACUUAUAACCAAACCAGCUGCUGGCGAAGCACCUGAGUUCGUUUACGAAGGGAAGAGUAUUCGCUCGUUAGAGAUUUUGCUGCGCUUUCUAAAGUCAAUGCUUAACGAAAAGGAAACUACUCCGAUUAUAAAUGAUUCCCUAGCCCCGGUACUGACAGUUCUCAUUAAUUGUGCGCGCUGUUGUCCCGUAAUGCGUCACUACAUCCGCCAAGUUGUUCUUCCUCCACUAAAAGAUGUGUCCCAUCGACCAGAAGUGGGUGAUGAGCUUCGCAAUCACCUCUGUCGCUUCCUUACCAUUCCCGAGAUGAUAAUUAGAGACUUGUCAGCUGAAUUGCUCUUCGUCUGCUGUAAGGAGAAUGUGAGUCGUAUGAUUAAGUACACUGGCUAUGGAAAUGCCGCAGGGCUCUUUGCAAAUCGAGGUGUUCUGGACUGCAGGCGUAUUGAAAAUACCGAAUACUCUUCAGACAGCGAAAACAGUGACACGGAGGAGUACAAGGAAAUGCAACACGGAAUCAAUCCUGUCCUAGGGUGUUAUGAGAAACCAAAAGCUAGUCCACUUGCUGGAAUGAGUGAGGAACAAAAGGAAUAUGAAGCUAUGCAGUUGGUGAAUUUAAUGGACAAACUUCAUCGCAGUGGAGUAGUACAGCCAUGUCGUGUGGGAGAGGAUGGCAAGCCACAUCCAGUCGAUCAUAUUCUUCAGCUGCAGGAGGAACUUCCACAACAGCAGUUCGAUCAAAAACGAAAAACCUAAGAGAGUUUUAAGUAUUAAUUAUUUAUUUGUGUUAAAUUAGUUAAAUUGUUUAAGUAUUUAUAAUAGAAGCUAAUUUCGUCGCUUGUGUGUAGUCAGUCAGAGGAGUUGGGAUGUUUUAUUGAAUUGUAUGAGAGGAUUACUUAUUUGAAAUAGGUACAUAUUUAUUUUUUCAAGUAAUAAUAUUUUGGAAAAAAUAUUCGCAUGUAGUAAGCUAUAAAAACGGUUAUUAUUUAGCAUGCGUAGCGUCGCGUCGAGUCUAUUGUCCCUAUACCAAACCAAAAUAGUGAUUUCAGUCUUUAAUAUUUCGAAAGUGCGACAUUUUCAUAAGAAAGAUAUAAUUUUGAUCUUGCUGAUUUCAAAAUCAAAAACCAAUGAACAUUUGAACUCGAAAAUGUCAAAAGCAAUUUAUUAUUUGAGGUUAUUAGCUAAGAUUUAAAGUAACGUAAAUUGCAUACUCGAAUUAACAUUUUAGCGCCUUUAAAAAGUUUUGUUGCAAUAUUCUCGUAGGCUCCAAAAGAAAAAAUGUUUUCUACACUAAAUAUUACAUUCAAAGCGCAUUCUUCUUAUUUCUUAAAUCGUUAAUUAUUUGGGUAUACCAAAAUCAUCGUUUCUUAAUCUUAUGACAAAAGGUGAAUUUCACUAUUCAUUUUUCGAAUUCUAGGUUUGCAUCCAACUUCUGAAUAACCCUUAAACAAACUUAAACUACCAUUCCCAAAAUGUGGUAAAUCCUAUUAUGUAUUUAUAAAUUUACAAACAUAAUAUUAAUAAUCCUGUUGUUAAAAAAAGUGUUUAGUAUAUUUAUUAUUAUAUUGUUUUGCACUUUGUUGAAAUUUUUGAUUAUUACAAAAAUUAUGCUUAAACUUUUGACUCUAUUCCAAACGAAAAAUCCGCACUUCUUUCGGAUUAAAGUAAAAAAUCUGUGUUUCAAAACUGAUAAACUGAUUGUAAACCUUAGACUGUUUUUAUAAUUGACAAAUACUUAACGUUGGAAUAAUCCAUUUACAAAAAAUCUAAUAAAAUUAUUAAAUAAAAUACCUACCUAUUAGCAAAUAUUUCGAAACCUUAUCGGCGAAUGCGUGCAAAUCCAAAUGGAUACUCAGUGUGGUGACUUUUGUUAGCCUUGAUUUGUAUGAACAUUAUGAAUAUAUUUUGUUUCAAUGAUAAAUAAAACUACGAUUACGACUUAAAAUAUUUCAAUAAAGUUACUAUUGCAAGCA